GUCUCUAAUUCUAACAUUUAUUGUGCUUUGUUUGGAAGCCCAAUGAAAUCAUGAACAAGUUGUAAAGAAAAGGAGAAAAUGAAGGAUAGGUAGGUAGGAAAUGGAAUCAACACAGGAGGGGGAUCAACGAAGGCUGCCUCUGUCGGAGGUGGUUGACGACUGCAUACACCGCUGGUUCCAAGACACGCUCAAGGAGGCCAAAACUGGCGAUGUCAACAUGCAGGUCCUCGUUGGCCAGAUGUAUUCUUCUGGAUAUGGCAUCGCCUAAGACGCUAACAAGGGGAGGAUCUGGAUAAGUAGGGCUUCCAGAGUUAGGUCGUCGGUCUGGAAAGUUAGCAAUAAACGACCAGGUUAUAAUGCCAGUGAUUCAGAUUCAGAUGAGUUUUUGGGUGAUUCUUGAUCCAUUUUGCUAUGCGCUUUGUUAAUCAAUUUGAAGACAGCAGCCAAGCAUGCUAGGUUGGACAUUAACGAAGUGGUUGACGAUGUCAUUCCUAUUGCGAUAGCGCAAAAGUUGCGGGAGAGAUUGACUGAGCAAGGGGCGGAGACAAGUACAGCUCGUGAAGAGGCAGUGCCGACGAAACCGAGAGGCAAGAAAGUCGACCAUCUCUACUGUAGACGGACCCCAACUGAGUUCCUGACUGUUUAAAAAGCCUAACUCCACGGCAGAAGGAAGUCGUUCGUGAACUGGGUUUUGGAGCUAUCCUCCAUUUCAACAUAAAGGAGAUUCCGGGAUACCUAGCUUUUUGGGUUCUCACGACAUUUAAUCUAGCUCGGUACCAGAUUCCAUUGUCUGGGGGUGAGAGCCUAACCCUGGAUGAGGAGGACGUACAUCUGACGUUAGGCUUUCCGAGAGGUCCGACACCCAUUUCACGCUCAACCGAUAAACAAAGCAACUUCGAGUUCAAAGACUAUGCUGCAGUACGGUGUAAUAAGGGGCAGUUCAAAAUGACCCCUGGAGAUAUUGCUAAGUUGAUGAUGCAGGACGAUGAUGGGGGACCAGAUUUCAAGAAACUCUUCGUGUUCAUGCUGGAAAAUGCCGUUAUAGAAACUCCUACCGACGGCAAUUGCAAGCCAAAGAUUCUACAUUUCAUUGAGGAUGUUGAUGAGAUUCCAAACAUGAAUUGGUGUGGGUACCUGUUAUCCGUUCUUGAGGUCACAUAUCCCAGUUGGGCCAAAAGGCCUAACUGCGUCUUUCACCGGGCGUAUCCACUUCUUAUUGUGUGCGUAUGUGGACCGCGUGGUUCACUGCUGGGGGCGAGUGAUCCGUGCCUGGCCGACAAUAAAAGGUUGGACGGCGGAGACCCUAAAGCAAAGGGAGGACGCAGAGGGUGACCAGUACGGAACAAGGAGGUUGUAGGCUCGGAUUGACAAUGAGAAGUUUCUUCAGGAGGAGGAAGUAAGGAGGUUGGAAUCGUUGAACAGUGGAGAAGGAGGAGCGCCUAGCAGGUAUAGAGCUAAGCGAAUCAGAGAUCAGUUUAUCGCUUUAAGCUCGCUCAUGACCCAUGCAAUUUCGACGUGGGUAGAUGAUUUUAAAAGAAUUCCUGUUGAGUUGCUAGAUAAUGAGUGCUUCCAAGUAGGCAGUCAGAUAGGAAAGAAAUUGUUGGGAUUGGAGGAUGAGAAUGUGGUGGAAGAUGAUGAAAUUGUAACAAAACUGACGCAGGCAAGGGAUGAAGAAGAAGAGUACAUCCAGGAAUGGAUUGAAGAGAUGGAGAAGAUGAUGGCGGCAUAUGACAAGAAGAAGACGAUUAAUAGCAGCUUCGCUAGGCCAUCAUUUGUGUUGGAUGGGUUCGAUUGUCCUGACCCCUUUGCUACACAGCAAACACAUGGGGCAGAGGGUAGUGGUGGUAGAGAGGAAAACAACAAUGAUGAGAGAGCACAUGAUGCCCCAGUUGUUGAUCAGCCGGGAGUUGAUGAUCAGCCAGGAGACAUUCCAAUGCACGAGCCAAGAGGUGAUGAUCUCCCCGAUAUCAUAUCAAAGGAUGAUUGUUAGCCGGACUUGAACUCCCAUAUGAAAUGCAUACUUCAGUCGGUGCAAUUGGGACAUCAUCAGAUAUGGCGGCUGGUGGGGGAGUGUUGAGCAAGACUGGGGCGUCUGAGACAAGAGUUGAAGAUGGAGGUGGUGCAAUUGUGGUGAGGAAAGAUGGAACUGGUAUCAGAUCUAAGAGUAAAACCCAGAUAGAGAAAGCCACCAAAAAGAGUGCAGCAGUAGAGGAGAGUGUCAAGACACAUGCCUCGGCCAAGGGGGGACGCGCUGAGAUUCAGGCUGACAAAACAACACAGCCCAUUAAGGAGGGAGCUCCUAAAGGAGGGAAGGGAAAACAGCUGGCCAUUCCAAAGAAACCUGCUUCAGCUAAGGGGAAGGGCAUUGAGAUUGAUGUUGUGAAAACAACACAACCAUCUAAAGAUGUAGCUGGAAAGGGUGGGAGUGGAAAAGAGUUGGCCAUUCCAAAUGUGGUUGCUCAAGGAAUGGGAAAGGCAAGCUGAUAGGAGUGAAAGACGAGGGGAGAGGUAGGGAGCACGAGUCGUGCGCAGAAUUGUAAUAUGUAAACGUAAGGUUGAUAAUAUUAGGAAUUCAAUCACUUGUAUUGCCAAAAGAAUAUUGAAGAUCAGUCCUCCGCAGAGGCCUACGACUUCAGUCGUCCAAUUACAAAUGAUCUAUCCAAGAUAAAAA